AUUGGAAAUGGGUCGGGUAAAAUUAGAAAUAAAGAGAAUAGAAAACAACACAAAUAAACAAGUCACGUUUUCGAAGCGUGGGAAUGGACUCAUCAAGAAGGCCUAUGAACUAUCUGUGCUGUGUGACAUCGAUGUUGCUCUUAUUAUGUUCUCUCCUUCUGCUCGUCUCACUCACUUCUCCUCCCCUAAAACAAGGCUUGAAGAUGUGUUUACUCGUUUCAUAAAUCUUUCUGAUCGAGAAAUGUCAAGUGCUACAUCUUCUUCCCCACGCAAAGACAUAGACUGUUCUUGCACUAUACUUGGAAGUAGAGAGUUUUUGAUCAGCACACUGAAUCAACUCUGGAUUGAAAAUGAAGUUGCUCUUCAUCAAACCAAGUUUGUCUGCCUCUCUCUUUCAUACCCAGAAUGGGGGCAAGAGAAUUACUGUACAGUAUUUUUCUUUUUAUUUUCUUCUCUUUUUUUCAUUUGCAAAAGUAACCUUGAUGACAAACAAAUAUUGGUCUCAAGGAUUCUAAGUUCAACAAAUAGUAUAGUCCUCUUAUAUUUCAAACAGCGUGUACAGGAAAUUGGCAUUUUACAUCAACAACUUGAGACUGCUGAGGAGCAAUUAAGUAUUUUCAAGCCUGAUCCAUCAAAUUUGACGUCUCUGGAGGAGCUUGAGUCGUGCAAGAAAAAACUUGAACACAUCUUGACUACCGUCACAGAGAAAAAGGAAUAUUUGUUAAACAACCAAGCAUCAUCUUCUUCUUAUAAUCAAUCUUGUAUGCAGGUAAUUAACAGAAUAACACAAGAUAGCUCUUUUCUCGUGAUAAGUAAACUUUCACAAGUGCUUUGUGCGCAUAUUAUUCGAUUACUAGCUAUAAAAUUAGCAUACUACAGGAGAUGCUGCAGCAGCAACAACAGAUGCCAAUAUUUUGUGAGAACACCGUCGUUGACGGUUUGUUGCCAGAUAAUGGCCAGAACAACCAUGCCCAAAUGUUCGAUGCAUCUGUUCCUUUUAUUCCCCUCAGAGAUGCUUCAAAUGCAGUGUAUGAGCCAAUGCUGCAAGGGUCAAGCUCACAAAUGGAUCCACAAGGCAUGUGGGAGUGCCGCGUUGACCAAUCAGAUAUUGAGAACCUUCCAGCAUGGCACCAUGCCUAUGCUUCAACAGACCCCAACUCUAUGCCAACAACAGACCUAUUUUCUCCAAUUCAGCAUGGGAUGGAGGAGCCGGUCAUGGUGGCGACACGAAGUGAUCAGGUAGAGACUGCAUCGAACAGCUCACUUGAACAACCACAUACCACAGCCACUAACUAUGAGCGUUAACAGUGCAUUUACUAAACAAAAUUUCAACAUCUGAUAAGAGCAUAUUGGAGAAGGGGUUUCCGUGACUUGUGACAAUGGAAGCAAGAACCAACAAGCUAGCUUUAUGUCCCCAGACAAAAUAUGAACAAGAAAAAAUCAUGUAUAAAGCAGCUAACAUGAAAGAAGAUGUUUAUAGUAUAAGGACAUGUACAAAGCAACAAUCAUGUGUACUAGCUAGUUGUCUUAAGGGUUUGCCCAAACAUUGGUAGGAUGUUUGUAUGUCUGCACUUACAGAAGGGGCCAUGCUGCGGUUAUUAACCAUGUUCAUGUUGAUAGAGUUACAUUAUAAUAUUGCUGUGCAAGACUGCCAAGGAAUUAUCUCCAUCUAAUUGCAAUAUAUCCAUCCAUAUAUUUUAAAUAUCUCAAUAUGUUGAUAUUAUCCACAAUAUUUACAACAUUACUUUCCACCAAUUCAUCUGAAUUAAUAUCAAUAUUUUGCAAUAUAUCCAUAUUUUUUAAGCAGCGAUAUAUCAUUUUUGUCAAUAUUCUAUUCCAGUUGGUUGAAUUCCGCCACUUAGCUGGUGUCCUUGUGCAGUAGUGCAUAUAAUAUACAAAAUGAAAUGUCAAUUUGCAUCAAAAGCUGAAGAAAUAUAUAUCAACAAAAUUUGAGCAUGAUUUGAUUAAUUAAAGCAGCUCCAAGCAGGCAAACCAUCAUUUAAAAUAAAUAAACAGAAUUAGUGUUACCAUUCAGUAAAUAUACUCUCAACUUAAAAGGACGAUUGGGCAGCUAUAAAACAGAAAAAUAUGCCUUUUUACACACGUUUGUCCUCUGAUGCCAUAGCAGCUCGCUUUCUUUCAGAUUUACAGCAAACUU